AUGGACGCCCAGAAAAUCAGUGUCGGGUUGCCUCGCUUCAACGAGAACGUCAAAUGCAGACCACAGAAAGCAGCUCUGGUGCGGAAUCGUCGGUGGAACACCCGCGGCUGGACCUACCAGGAGCUGCUGCUGUCUCGACGCCUCUUGUUCUUUACCGACAGUCAGGUCUACUUCCAAUGCAUGAGCAAUUUAUGGAACCCAGGUGGCCCAUCUGAGGGUGGCCUUCAGCUCGGAUCGCUCCAUCUCAAACGUUGGCCCUUUCGAGUAGCGAGUGUGCAGUCCAAGAAUUCGCUGCGCAUGUAG